CACCAGUCCACCAUUUUGUUUAGAUGAGUGCACUGCAUAGAGAGCGGUUUGCAAUAUCUUCAAACCUUCUUGGUCAAACUGAAAAGCCGGAUUGAUUAGGAACCACCACUGACCGGAAGAAAUGGCCAAAUCAUCUGGACCUCAUACUAGUAUCAGUGUGGGAAGGACACAAAUGGCAGGCAGGAGGACCAGACAGAAGCAGGAAAAGCAGCAGGACAAGGGAAAACAAAACUCUACUAGGUUUGACAAAAAAGCCUUGUCACAUCCAACUUACAGUUGUAAUCAAUGUGAAUUUUCUACCCGCUCAAAAAUCAGCUUCAAACGACACAUGGAUAAACAUGGCAUUGAGAAACCGUAUUCAUGUGAAGACUGUGGAUUCAGGACAGCUUUUCGGGGUUCUUUAACCAGACACAAGAGGAAACAUUCAGGUGAAAAACCUUACAAGUGUGAACAUUGUAAUUUUUGUACUGCAAGGAGAGACUACAUGGACCAACACAUGGUUAAACAUUCAAAUAAAAGGCCUUACAAGUGUGAUCAGUGUGACUAUGCAGCAGCACGGAAAGACUAUUUGGACAGUCACCUGGUUAAACACACUGGUGAAAAGCCAUACAUGUGUGAUGAGUGUGGAUACAGGACACCUUAUAGGUCUCGCCUAUCAGAACAUAUGAAAACUCAUAAAGAGAGAAAACCUUACAGCUGUGAACAUUGUGACUUUUCUACUCGUUGGAAAGUCAAUUUUCAGCAACACAUGGCUAGACACAAGGGCGACAAACCUUACAAGUGUGAUCAGUGUGACUAUUCUGCAGUGCGGAAAAUCUAUUUGGACAAACAUCUGGUUAACCACACUGGAGAAAAACCUUAUAUGUGUGGAAUAUGUGGAUAUGGCACAGCUUAUAAGUCUCACCUAGCAAGGCAUAUGAAGAAACACACAGGCAAAAAACCUUACCGGUGUGAACAGUGUGAUUUUCAUACUGUGAAUAAAAGCCAGUUCGAACAGCAUGUGGGUAAACAUACAGGUGAGAAACCUUACAAGUGUUGUCAGUGUGAUUUUUCCACUGACCAGAAAGACCACCUAGAACAACACAUGGUUAGCCACAGUGGUAAGAAACCUUACCCAGGUGGGGAACGUGGACACAAGUCAGCUCAUAGGACCCAAGUUUCACGAGAUACGAGCAAACGUAAAGAUGGCAAACGUUACAGCUGUGAUCAAUGUGGCUUUUCCACCAGUUCAAAGAGCACCUUACAACAACACAUGGGUAAACACAACACUGAGACACCUUACAUAUGUGGAGAGUGUGGAUUCAGGACAGCUUUUCGUUCUUCUCUGUCUCAACACAUGAUAAUGCAUACAGGUGUCAAACCUCACAGGUGUGAACAUUGCAAUUUUUCUACUGCAAGGAGAGACUAUAUGGACCAACACAUGAUAAAACAUUCAGGUGAAAAACCUUGCAAGUGUGAUCAGUGUGACUAUUCUUCAGUACGAAAAGUGUAUUUGGACAAACACAUUGUUCGUGAACACAUGGGAGAGAAACCCUACGUGUGUGAAAUGUGUGGAUAUGGAACAGCUUAUAAGAGCCUUCUAUCUCGACAUAUGAGGAAACACAAAGGUGAAAAACCUUACAAAUGUGAACAGUGUAAUUUUUGUACAGUAAGUAAAAUCCAUCUAGAGCAGCAUAUAGUUAGCCACAAUGAUAAGGGUUUGACCAUUAAGAAGCCUUUCAUGUGUGAAAAGUGUGGAUUCAGGACAACUUACAAGUCCUUCCUAUCCCGUCAUAUGAGGAAACAUACACGUGAAAAACCUUACAAGUGCGAAGAAUGUAAUUUUUGCACUGCAAGUAGAAACUAUUUGGACGAGCAUAUGGUUAUGAAACAUUCAAGGGAAAAACCUUACAAGUGUGAUCAGUGUGACUAUGCUGCAGUACGGAAAGACUAUUUGGACAAACACCUGGUUCAACACACUGGAGAGAAACCAUACAUUUGUGAAGUGUGUGGAUAUGGUACAGCUUAUAAGCCCAACCUAACACGACAUAUAAAGAAACAUAACAAAAGUGCAGAACAAUACAAUUGUGAUCUCUGUGAUUUUUCUUCCCCUUGGAAAGUCAAUUUGCAGGAACACAUUGGUAGACGUCACACAAGUCCAAGUGACAAACCUUACCAGUGUGAUCAGUGUGACUUUUCUGCAGUACGGAAGUUUGAAUUGAAGGAACACCUGUUCAAGCACACCGGAGAAAAGCCUUACAUGUGUGGAAUAUGUGGAUAUGGUACAGCUCAUAAGCCUCACCUGUCACGACAUAUGAGGAAACACACAGGUGAAAAACCUUACCGGUGUGAUCUUUGUGACUUUUCUACCUGUUGGAAAGUCACCUUAGAACACCAUAUUAGAAGACACACCGGUGAGAAGCCUUACAUGUGUGGGGAGUGUGGAUUCAGGACUGCUUCUAGAUAUCGACUGACACGUCAUUUAAGGAUACAUACGGGUGAAACCUAAUAAGUGUAAUAACUGUAACUACUCUAUAGGUUAGGAAAGACAACUUUAAACAAUACACGAUUAAACAUAUUGGUGAGAAACCUCAGGAUACAUGUAUUUGUAUU